UAGUGACAGUACUGACUGGCAGACAGAAGAUUAAAAACGCGUCGACGCGUGUAAUCUGCCGCUACCGUUCUUGCCUUGUUAUUUCCAACUGGCAUGCACGCAUCAUUCUUCGGACGACGUUCAACCCUUUUUCCGUUUCCGCGAUAUCAGAUGAAAAAUAGCCGGUCUCAAUCUGUCUGUGCAUAAUCCAUUGUUGCAGUUUUAUAAUUGGCCUAUGUGACUCUUUUCACCAUGCAUCUUAAGGUGAUCGUAUUGUUUAUUGUCCUAUUAUUUGGAAGUAUCAGUUGUCAGGAUGAACCAGCAGCACCAGAUCCAGCAGAUCCUGCCGUGGACGAGACAUCACCCGAUCCAGUAGAUGAAGCUUCUCCGACCGAUACAUCAACCAGCCCGUCUGCUGUGGAUGAUGCGACAACAGGUGAUACUGUGGCACCAGUCCCAGCUGUCCCUGAAGAAACAACUGUAUCGUCAGCGGUGGAUGCAACGGACAGCACACCUGAUGCGGCGGGAAGCGCGACUGAUGCUUCAGCUGGUGUACUGGAUCCUGGUGCGUCGUCCACGGCCGCGGCUGCUGAUGCAGUCACGCCGGGUGAAGAAACUGUUCCGCCGGCGCCUCUUAUAACGGACGACGCUGCAGCUUCCACGAGUGGGCCUGGGGAAAUUGACCAGACCACCGGUAGCCCGGUGGUGGAUCCAAAUACAGAUAGCAGCCCCACCGAUAUACCACCCGUGGCUGAUAAUUCUACCGAUCCUUCUUUACUGUUUCCUGUGCUUUCUACGUUUGAUCCAGCAGCAGGAGGAGAGGAGAUCACUACAUCCACGGAAGACAUCACUACAUCCACCGAAACGUCUUCCACCACUUCCGAAGAGCCACUGGUUGUACCGGUAGUUGUACCACCCCAAUCAAACAUGCCGCUCAGCCCGGAUCCACGACCGAUAAGUUUGACAUCGCCCGGUUCGGCCACUGCAGCUCCUGCCAGAAAUGUCGAAAGCGAAUGGUCAUGGAGGAAGGGUGGAUUAUUAGUUGCAGGGAUUAUACUUUUGAUUGCCAUCAUCAUCGGCUAUGUUUACGCGUGCUGUUGCAUAAAAGAUGGACCGGCUGCACGGCGCUUCUCACGUACUGACGUGGAACAUGGCACUCUCGAUACCGUACCGAUCGUGAAACCGAUCGACAGCUUGACAAAGUCCAACAAAUACGUCGAUGAGAUGAUAACCAACGCCAGUUAUCACUACCAGGAGACGCGGCGGGAAAACACGGUGGCCGCCAGAAAAGGUGAUCCUGCAACGCCCAAUAACAGUAUCAUCGCACCCGGUGAGGUCUCUUCCGUGGAAAACCAGAACUCCAAAUACGCCAAUAAACCCGGUAAACCGACAGCCCUUUCCAUCCCCAUCGGCACACCGAUCAAUUCCCCCGCCGCCCCCGUCACCGGGCCCACCACCCAUUUCAAAUAUGCCUCGAUGCCCCGCUCCACGGAUAAAUCCUACGUGCACACCGCCCCCAGUCCGUGGGACCGCCGUCUGGACGUGCCCAGCGGCCCUAUCACCUCCCGCGACGUCAUUAACGCCUCCCGCGUCAACAACGCCGUAAUCACGGUGGCUGCCGCCGGAUCCGCUCCGCUCAAAAUUACGGACGGCGACCGCCCGGUGCUGCGGGGUGGGACUCUCCCGGGGACCCCGCCCAUCCGCAGUCCCACUUACCGGACCACACUGCUCUUGACGCCGGUGCAUAACCGGGACCCGAAUGAUCCCGUACUGCCGCCCGGCGAGGAACUGUCGUACCGGCAGUACGUGGAACAGGUCAAGGGCCCUAACAGUGAUUUCGCACAGUACUCACCCGAGUACAAUCGGGAUUUGGCGGAGCUGGAGCGGAGGAACGCCGAAUCGCAGUUAUGAACAAAACCAGUGGUUGAUUGUAAUCGGUUUCGUUGAAAUGUUUUUGGCCCGUAUAAGAUGGAAAAUCUACCAUUAUCCUAUAAAAAAAGUUACGUUUUCGGCUCUUUUGAUUUGAGUGUGGCCGUUUGUGUCUGUUAUUGUUGCUAUGUUGUUUAAGUGCAACAACUGAUGUACACGUAGUCAUACAUUCGUAAUUUUUAUUUUGAAAAAUUUUUUUGUUUUUCGAGGUAGAUCGGGAAUAUAGCUAAUAAAAAUUAUUCAUACCGGGA